AUGAAUUCACACGUUUUCGACAUUCAGCCAUUACAUCGCUUCUCCGGCUCCAAUGCAGCAAUCCGACGACCUAGGGAAAUCGCAUACUUCUCCUACGAUGACGAACACAACUUCCGCCUCGACGAUUCCUCAAUGCAAUACUACUACCCACCGCAACCGUCGCAAUUACCUCUCGACCUAAGCGCCGGGUUCGAGACAUUUGAGAAACUGAACGAUGCGCCGGAUGAGCAUUUGGAUGCCCUUUUGGAUACGAUUGUAGCGUUGGAACAGAAUACGCAGAAGAAAUGCGAAGCGGAUAUUGUUACCUGGAGGGGGAUGAUGACGAAGAUAGUGACAGCACCGUUUGAUAUGCUGAAUGGGUUUGAGAUGAAUGCGACAUAUUUUCAGGGAACAAUUUUCAUCGAGGAGAACAAUUCGUAUAAGAAUGCACAGAAAGAGAUUCAAAAAAAUCAACGUAUGCCACCUGGCAUGCCUUCACAAGAUAUGAUGGCUUAUUGGGGUUACAAGUUCGAAGCAGUCUCGGUCAUCCCAAAUGCCUGGGGUGAAACAAGUCGCGAAAAGAUUGAAGGGCGAAUUCACGAAGUCGUCAACAACAAAGCUCAAUAUUGCUCCGUUGUACGGACUGGUUUUGGAAGGGUGAAAUUGGUACUUGGAGGCGAGGUGGAUGCAAUCUGGGACUCCAAACCCGUUCGCAAAGAAGACCCAAUCAACUGGGUCGAGCUGAAGACCACAGCUGAGUUGGUCAACGACAAGGAGAAGCUCAAAUAUGAGCGUAAACUUCUCAAAUUCUGGGCGCAGUCCUUUCUUCUAGGAGUUCCCAAGAUUGUUGUCGGAUUUCGCGAUAGAGAUGGAAUGCUUUUGCGGCUCGAGGAGUUAGAAACCCACGGGCUGCCAGGCAAGGUUAAACGCGAGGGUCGCGGAAGUUGGGACGGGAAUAUCUGCAUCAACUUUACUGCAGCCUUCCUUGAGUGGCUGAAAACUGUGGUCAACACCGAGGGUACAUGGCGGAUUCGAAAACGGGAAAAGUCGCCGGUCAUUGAAGUGUUCAAGAUUGAAGAAAGUGGCCAUGGUGACAUACUGUCUUCCAACUUUGUCGCGUGGAGGACGAAUCAGUGA